AUGGGGAUGUUCAAUGGUCAUUUUUACCCGGGCCUGUACCUGUUCUCUUAUGGACUAUAUCAAGCAACAGUAGUCUCCAAGAACGUCAUAUUUAAAGAGUCUCCCCCAUAUCCUUCCUGUUUUCCCAAGAAUAAGACAAGAUGGGCCAGGCUGGGGAAAAUAUCCUAUGGAGGCUGGCUGAGGAUAGUGAUUGGCUCCAUCUUAACAGUUUAUGUGGUCACUUGUCCUGAUGAUGGGAUGGUGCUGAUGAACAAACAGAUGCCACCAACGUUUAUGUACCCCAAAGAGUGGCAACAUCUCACCAUGUUUGUGCUGCUAAUCCUCAGUGGCUGUGUAGACGUCACGAGCAAGAAUCUGCUGCCUCGGAGGUGUGUGGUCCUAGAAAAAGGAACCCUGGUCCUGAGCUUCGUCGAGCUCCUGCUACUGAUGGUGUCACACGUUAAAGGCUCAGAAGGCAUAGAGCUGCAAGUCCAUGCUCUGGUCAUCAUGGUGGUGUUCCUCCUGCUGCUGGUGCUGAUGGCAGAGCUGUGGGCUCCUGACAUGUCUUACCUCUGGAUGAUGGAGACCUUUCUGUUUCUCUUGAUGGGCUCCUGGCUGAUGCAGGCAGGCUUUAUCCUAUUCAGACCGCUCUCCGGCUACCCCUGGCAGGACGAUGACAUCAGAGACCUCAUGUUUGUCACCACCUUCUUCUGCUGGCAUCUGAUGAUCAAUGCCUCAUGCCUGUUGGGAAUCUAUGGCUUCUCCUUUUUAUGGCAUCACUAUUACAGCCCCAGCUUGAAGAGGAUGAGGUCCAAAGAAGCUCCAUAUCACACAAGCACGCCAGGCCCCCUCUACAUGAUGCUGCAGGAAGUGAAGCAGUCAGAGAAAGAUGACCAGGCUCUCCUCCUUUCAAAGACCACCCUCUGA